UUCAGCGCCUCUCGCUCGUCUUCGACAUUCGCACGGUCCCAGCAGCCUGUCGACCCCGCUCCCAUGUCCGCGGUGGGCCCCGCACCCCGCUCCCUCCAGCGCCCAUGGCCUCCAGCCUGAACAGGACUGUUUUCGCCCCCUCCUCCUCCACCGACGCCGACGACGAGGGCGUGCGCGGCACCUGCGAAGAUGCUUCGAUCUGCAAGAGGUUUGCAGUGAGCAUCGGAUACUGGCAUGACCCUUACAUCCAGCAUUUUGUGAGGCUGUGUAAAGAGAGGAAGGCCCCUGAAAUUAACAGAGGCUAUUUCGCUCGAGUCCAGGGUGUCAGUCAGCUCUUAAAGGCAUUUCUACGGAAGACGGAAUGUAACUGUCAAAUUAUCAACCUGGGGGCUGGGAUGGAUACCACGUUCUGGAGAUUAAAGGAUGAAGAUCUUCUUCCAAAAAAAUAUUUUGAAGUUGACUUUCCAAUGAUAGUCACGAGAAAGCUGCACAACAUAAGGUACAAACCUCUCCUGUCAAAACCCAUUAUAGAGUUGCAUUCGGAGGACUCGCUUCAAAUGGAUGGGAGUAUAUUGGAUUCAAAGAGAUACGCCAUUAUUGGAGCAGAUCUCCGAGAUAUACCAGAACUGGAAGAGAAACUAAAGAAAUGUAACAUGAAUGCACAAUUACCAACACUCCUGGUAACGGAAUGUGUGCUGGUUUACAUGACUCCGGAGCAGUCAGCAAACCUCAUCAAGUGGGCAGCCGACCGUUUUGAGACAGCCAUGUUCAUCAACUACGAACAGGUGAACAUGAAUGACCGGUUUGGGCAGAUCAUGAUUGAAAACCUACGGAGACGGCAGUGUGACCUGGCAGGAGUGGAAACCUGCAAGUCCCUAGAGUCACAGAAAGAACGCCUCCUGUUGAAUGGGUGGGAAACGGCCCUGGCGGUGGACAUGAUGGAAUUGUACAGCAGAUUGCCACGAGCUGAAGUGAGCAGAAUAGAGUCCCUUGAGUUCCUGGACGAGAUGGAGCUUCUUGAGCAGCUCAUGCAGCAUUACUGCCUGUGUUGGGCGACCAAAGGUGGAACUGAAUUAGGUUUGAAGGACAUAACUUGUUAACCUGUUCAAGGCUUGCGUGGAGCCAGAAGCCAUGGCCACUCAACCUCCCUGGAGUUGACACCCGGAGUUCCCCGAGUGGCGGCGGCCAGGCUUCGUCUCAGAGCUCAGCUGCCAAGUCAUCAUGCCGACUCCUGUUGACCUGUUGUUUUCAAUAAAUCUCAGUUGCCAAGUG